UUUCAAGAAAUCAAGAAUCGUCAGGGAGAUUUUAUGCGGGCAUUUAAUGAAGGGGAUGCUAAAGGGGCUGCUGAAAUAUAUGAUCCAGAUGGUUAUUUUAUGCCUAAUGGACAUUCUCCAGUUAAAGGUCGUUCAGGGAUAGAGGCAUUCUUUCAAAAAGAUAUGGCUGAUGGUGUUAGUAGUGCACAGAUAAUAACAGAAGAAGUUAAUGGUUCUGGAGAUUGGGCUUUUGAAAGAGGAAGUUAUCAUUUAGAAUGUGGAAGAGGUACAGAAUCUGGUGCUUAUUUACAAGUUUGGAAGCGAAUUAAUGGUGUUUGGUUGGUUCACAAUGAUUGCUUUAAUGUUGUCCAAUCUCCACGGAAGUCAUAA